UCUUCCCUUCCCAUAAGAUGCGUGUCUGAUUUGCUCUCAAGCUGUUGAACCACUAUAGUUGAAGGCGUGUUUUGGAUUACAACAGUUUCAGUUUGUAAUAGAAGGUUACUACGUUCCAGAUAAGGAAUUAGUCUCAUGCAAGAGUGUGAAUAUUCUUUUGUCGAGACACACCAGGACUUGGAAGUGAAUCUGUUGGCCUCCUCUUGUCCAUAUGCUUCUGACAAAGGGUUAACAGCGUGUUCAGAGAAGUGUGAAGUGGGACACACUUUGCAUUGGAAAGUAAACGGAAUCGUGCACAGAUCCUUCCUCUUUUUUUCUUCUGUUUCUCUGAGGUAAUGUCGGUGACACUCGAUUGACUUUUCACUUUGUCUUUGUGGCAGUCGGUUAGUUCCGUUGGAUUUAGCCAGAUUGUCGUAAAACAGAUGGUGGAUCAGACUCCAAUCUCCAUGAAUAUAUUUUUGAGAGAAGUGGAACAGACAUGACAGUGUUAACAACAUGCAUGGCUGGUUCCAAAAACUCUUGAAUCCGAGAAUAUCUUCAUCGACACAACGCGAUCAGAAAGUGAAGGCGACGACCUCCCUUUCGUACAAGCCCCCGUCACCAGAGGCGGCCCCUUCCAGAGCGCAGAAGCCCCCGUCGGCGCUGAGCUCACAGCAGAGGUGGAGACGAAAGUACGACCUGCUCGUGUGCCACAGCCUCGCCGACAGCGACGCCGAGGAGGCCAUCCGCCUGGUCUCUUUCCUGGAGGCGUCGCCCCGCGGCCUCCGGUGCUUCCUGUGGCAGCGCGACGUGUGUCCGGGGGGCGCGGUCUUCACCGAGUUCUGCCAGGCCGUGCACGAGAGCCACCUGCAGGCUCUGCUCAUCACGCCUCACUUCCUGCAGGAGGAGUGGUGCAUGUACAUGAUGCACCAGGCGCUGGCCGAGGGGCCCAUGUCCAGUCGGCUGAUUCCCCUGAUAUGGAACCUGUCCCACGCCGAGUACCCGCCGGAACUGAGGUUCUACGUCUACAUUAACCUGAGCAGGAACGCGGACCGAGGCUAUAGUCUCAUCAACAAGACUGUGCUCAUGCGCCUGGAGGACCUGGUCAAAACUGAGAGGACGUUUGACUCGCGCAGCGGAAUAGGCGGCGAAGGCGGCUCGCGGGGAGACGGGCCGGCCUCGAACGACGGCCCCGCCGAGACGCCGCUUCCGCCGAGAAGCGCCGCGGAGGAGGGAUGAAACGUUGAAUGACAUUUGCUGAGGGAAAGAAAACCCACUGCUGCUAUUGGCUGAACUCAACCCAAGUCAGGCUCUUAUCAAAUCAGGUUCAGCGAAGUAGUUUAGUCCUCUUCCUCUUCCUCUCUCCGUUUUAUCGUGUGCUAGAAUCAACAGGGUCGUUCACUCAAAUUGGGGGAACUUGGUUCGUCUUCGCCUGUAACCAGUAAUUAAGCUAAAGUGUGGCUGGAACUGGAGCGACGGACGUGCGCCACGAUCCUCAUUUUGUAAACAGGGUGAAAUGAACCUGUGAGUGAAAGAGGGAAAAGCCCACCGUCACAGGACACAUGUGUUACGACAUAUGUAGAUGUAGAUGCAGAUGAGGGUGACCACUAGGUGGUGUGGUUACCAGCAUCCAGGCCAGCUAUUUCAGUCACACGGCUGAUAUAGUGUGUGUGUGUGUGUGUGUGUGUGAGUAAGAGGGUGACAGAAUGGGGGUGUGAGAGGGGCGAAGGGAAAUACCCACAAACUGCCGACAGUGACAAGCAACGCCUUCUUUUUUUUUUGACUGAACGCCACUUUGAGCAACGACGGAGGAAAAGUCAUUCUCAUGGAGACGAGGCACAAUCUUACAUGCCUCUUCUUGAAUAUCAGAAUGAUGGCUCUGGGCGUGCUGCUGUAAACAUAUGUGUUUCAUAUAUUGUUGAGAGACAGAGGUGUGUGUGUGUGUGUGUGUGUGUGUGUGUGUGUGUGUGUGUGUGUGUGUGUGUGUGUGUGUGUGCGUGUGCGUGUGUGUUUGUGAGCUCAGCUGGUUGGAGAACAAAGUCUGAACAUGAAGAAUUCACUUCCGUCCGCCCGUCCGAUGAAAAAAAGAAAGAAGACCUUUCAGUUUUUUCUGCGAGGUGUGAUUUAAUGCGCUUGGCAGCCGCUCGCCCCUUUUUAAUCAGGCUCGCUGGCGGCGCCCCCUUUUACAGAUAGUUGGCGUGCGGACCGCUCAGUGAAGAACUGUCAGGUUAUGUUCUUUGAAUCAGCGGGAGCAGAA